AUGCACUUACAGUCGCGUGUAUUCGCAACUUCCGUCCACGAACUUCUUUUCACCGACAACUUUGCUUUCAACGCCACAUCCGAAAGGGACAUGCAAAGGAGCAUUGACCUCUUCGCCGCCGCCUGCUACAACUUCGGCCUGAUUAUUACCACGGUGAAGACGAUGAUUAUACAUCAACCGCCACCCGACGCUGUCUACGUCGCAUCCAAAAUCAACGUGGACGGCGCCCAACCGCUAGCCGCGGACAACUUCACCUACCUGGACAGAACUCUCUCUUGCAACACCAAAAUCGACGAUGAGGUGGCCCGCCGAAUUCCUAAGGCCAGCCAAUCCUUCGACCGCCUGCAAAACACAGUCUGGAAUCGCCACGGUCUCCACCUCAACAUCAAACGGAAAAUGUACAAGGCGGUCAUCCUGCGGACGCUGCUGUAUGGAGCAGAGACUCGGACGAAGUACAUUAAGCAGGCACGUAGACUCAACCGCUUCUACCUCAGUUGUCUUCGUCGAAUGCUAAAGCUGAAUUGUUGA